UUUGUCUCUGUCCCGAAUUGUUACGUAAACAACCGGUAAUGUAGAGAAAUGUUAAAUGAAAAACAAUUAUAUUGGUGCAAUGGAACGAGAUUCGGCUGUCUGAGAGCCUCUAUCGGAGAGUAUAGGCAUGUUUCACUAUGGUAUUGGAUUUUAUAUGAUAGAGUAUUUUAUAAAACAACACUGCCUCGCUUCUCACAAUAACAAACGACCUGCUGGAGUAAAGAUGUUCUUCUGUAAGACUUAGGAAGUUAUUGGAAUAUAUUUGUAUCGACGAUAGUAGUAAAAGUAUGGUGUGGUGAAAAUUAGAUAAUCGAAUUAAAGCUGUGAUACUUGGAAUAUGCUACUUGUUGCUGGAUUUAAUUUGAAAGAACAUUUUGAAAUUAUGUGCUACCGGAUUUAAAAGACAUGUUUUGUAUAAUCAUGCAUGGGAGUUAACGAAAUGGGAUUUUAAUGACAAGCUGGACCGCUAACAAAAAAUGAGGGAUGUUACAGACGCCGACACGUGCCCUCGAUGCCAAAAAUGCGACAGGUGGCGUAAUGCCCCGGAAUACAUCCGGGACCCGUGGGUUUUAUGGGACAGGUUCCCAUGCCCGCCUCCUGGUACUCCCAACAAAGCAAGGCUAUUAAUAGAAUUAGAUUGGUCGGGACGGUUAGGAGCACGUGACGGUUGCAAAGCGUUGCGUCGCGUGGCGUCCCGGUGUAAAGUGGAUUUGACAUCUGUGGAAUUAUCAGCGGAGAGUUUAAGUGACUGUGAUGAAUUAUUCACUGUGUUCGGAUUAUGUGGGACUCAAUGUGUGAUAGCCAUCAUUCUCGCCUGCAUCUGUCUCAUGUUUGUCUUCUUGCUAGUGAUCGUCUGCUGUCGUUACGUCCGCCGUGUGGACAAAACCACGGAAGUCCCGUGCACUAAAACAGUUAACAGUGACCAAACUGCCAUUAACACGCAAGUUAACAGAUAUUAUGUUCAAAGCCAAUAUUAUUAUAGAGCGGGCAACAUUCCAGAGCGACGAGGGCUUCCAUUUGAGGCACGUUCAACUGAAAAUGGUGUAGAAGCGCGUCUAAUUAAAGCUAUACAACAGACACCCUUACAGGGUUACCAGUUUGAUGAUAUGUGUACACAGUGUCAAAGAAGUAUCUCCAGACAAAGUACUUUAAGUGGGCGUAGCCGUCAAGGUUACGAACGUAUAUAUUGGCGUGAUAAGGAAAACCUUGAUAAGCGGGUGCCUUCACACGAAUCUCUGACGCACCGUAGGGCGUCUGAUCGACACAGAUCGAUCACCGGAAGUUCUUCCGACAUGUCACAUUAUUACGAAUACAUAGGUGAUCAACUUGAUGGCUCCACCGGAAGACGUUCGAAUCAUUCCACUUUGUAUUUUCCUAGAAAUAGCUCAUCUAAUUUUAAGGACGUAUCUAAUUAUGGCGAUUCAAGGUGCUCGGAUGAUGAACGCGUACUUAUGUUGUCAAGAUUUAUUAACACGGAAAUGGAGUUACGUAAUAGUAGUAAUCCGCACACAGAAGUAGUUCCAUAUAAAACGAAUCAAUUUUUACAAUAUGAAAGGGAUCAACAGUAUGUUCAUGGUUCACAACCAGAUCAAAAUAUUUACCAUGGUUCUUUAAAAGAUCAAAGCCAUUACCAUGGGUCGUUAAACGACCCUUAUAUAUCGGAUAGCUCUGUGCCAAGUAGUCAAAAUAUUGUUCCUGGAGUACGCGAAGAAAAUAAUAAAGUUAAGUGCUCAACGCCAAAGUUAUUGGAUGGUACCGUGUUUGGGGAACAUAUGAAAGGAUAUAAAUAUACAUAUAACCCAUCUUACGAUGAAGAAACUUCCACGACUAGUAAAAUCGAGCCUGGGGAUUUUAGUUCGAGCCCAUGCACUCCAAGUGAUUGUUUAGAAUUUGACGAUUUGAGCGGAAAUCGAGACUUUUGUGAUAGUAGUUUAAGUCCAAAGUGUAGAAAAGCAAGAAGUAAAAGCCGUACACCAAGUUUAAGGUCUAACAGAAAUUCUGAGAGUACAUCUUUAAGUGAUAAUAACUCCUUAUCUAAUAGUUUGAAUAUUCCAAAGACAAACGGGAGCUUUUAUAAAGGAACCCGUCAAAAAUAAAAUUGUGGACUUUAUUUAGAAUUUCUUUUAACUUCUCUCUUUACAUGGCCUCAAAAUGGAACAAUAAUAUGAAUAUUUUUGGAAUAUUGACAAUCGGCAUUUUUCGUUAGAUUCCGUAAAUUCUGUCCUGUCGUCAUUAACUGCCGUUUACGUCAUAAUUUUGAUUUCAUAUAUUUGAAACUUCAUUGCGAUGGGAUUAUGACUCGAGUAUGACGGAAAAGUUUACGAUAACAUGUGAUUUUUAAUUUACAGAAAUAAGUGAUUAUAACUUCUAUUAUAAUUCCUUUCAUUGUGGCGUCAAUUAAGAUAUAACCAUACAUGUUUCUUACAUACCUUUUUUCUACAAUGUUAAAACUUAUGUGUAUAAUAUUACAUUUACCAAAAAUUUUAAACGUGUUCUAAACAUUGUUAAUACCUAGUCGUACAUAUAUAAAUAUAUACAUUUGUUUUUUAUUAUUAUAUAAUAUAUGAACUUUUAAUGAUAAUAAUAAUUCAUGCUAAAUAUUGCCUGCAAAAUGUUAUCGUUAUUGUGUUUCCUGGACUCUAAGAAAACAAUGGCGAAAGCAAAAAUACAAAUGUACAUUUGCCAUGAACUUAAAGUGAUUGAGUUGUUUAGUCUAUUUAUACUUAUACAGAAGCGUUUCAUUGGUUGAUCUAACCUUUCAGCUGUUGAAUUUAUGAUAUGGAUUUGCCCAGAUUUAUUUGGAAUAAUCUGCUUGGCUAUAAGGGAGUACACAAAAAAACACUCAACAGCAUAAAGCAUGGGUAAACUGCACAAGUGUGCUGGUUGGCUUGACUCUACACUGGCCAUAGCAAAGGUUUUGGCUUGACUCUAUACUGGCCAUAGCAAAGGUUUAAACUUUCAGCUCCCACAGGGUAUGGUUUAAAGGACAGCUGAACGAACACUGGGUCGAACAUAAAAUUAUAGUACAGACAUUGAUGGUAUCUGACAGACAGAUAAACAGACAGACAGACUGACAGACAAAUGAUACAAUUGUUAAAAAGUACUGACACACGAAUAGAAAACGUUUGGGUGAAAUUUUAUUCGAAUUUUAUUCAAAUAUUUAAUAUCCAAAUCAAAACCACGAGGACUCAAUUUAAAUAGACACGGGUGACAAGUGCUUUAUUACAGAAGCCUGACUGACAAAAAAUUGUUCCGUCAGUGUUAUAUAUUAUUGAGUGACAGAAAAAGAAGAAGAAUUUUAUCCAUUACAUUAUGCAUAAAUUUAAAUUGAUUACUUAUCAACAACUUUCACAUUUUGUAUACAUGUGCAAAACAUUUUUUCCCAAUUCAUUGCAGUCAUUAAGUAAUAAGUUUAUGAAAUGAUAUAAAAAAAACCUAAUCGUGGUCGCAAAUUGUCAAUAUUUUCCAAAACAUAUGACAUCUAGACUAAAAGAUUAAAAGAUGCUUUGAUAACACGGAAAAGAAUAUACAACUUUGAAAUAAGAAUGUUCAAGAUUUAAAGAAUGAUUUACGUUUAAGUAAGUCAAAAGUGUAUUCAGUUAAAGCUGUUUUACUUAAGCAUUCGAGCUGAUAAUUGAAACAUACUACAAAUUGUGCCAGUCAUUGCUUUAAAAUUGGGUUAAUUUAAAUGUUAUUUGUCAUGUAUGAAUAAUAGAAUAAUGAAUUAUGUAUAUGUUAUUUAGAAACAAUUCAAUGAAACGCAUCUGUAUAUCAAAGUGGCAUAUUCUUCUUUGAAAGGCACAAAAUAUACCAAUUCAUAAAAUAAAAAAUUGUGAGUUG